AUGCAGGCAUCACACCCGCUCCCAUCAGCUCCAUCGGUUCAGUGCGUGACCCGCGUCCAGUUGAACAUUUCUUGCAAGAACUUGAAAGACAAAGAUGUUUUGUCCAAAUCUGACCCAAUGGCGGUCGUUGUGAUAUUCAAGGAUGGCAACUGGUCGGAGGUAAAUGGCCCACUAAUAGAGGUUUUGUAGUAGCAUGUUCAGUUUAUGUAGUGUGGUCUUGGCAGAGGGGUCGAAGGGCUGGACUUGCAUAAGCCCCGCCCGCCCGGCCUUACUGGAGUUGUUUUUCCGUAGUCCAGAGAACACAGUCAUGGACAGAGUUAAAUGGAAAAGCAAAACUCCCAUAUAUUCCCUAAAGUCAAAGAUGAAGCAGUACAAAGGAUAGAUCACACCAUUUUUCCAUCCUUAAUUUCGGGUCAGAGGGAGGUGGUGGGGAUUUUCUGGCUACAUGUAUCUAUGGCUUUCACAUUUACCAUAAUUCAAUUUGUUUUUCCCACAGAAUUUUGCAUAAGUCUCUAGGGACAAUUAUUAGUUCAAUACUUUGGAGGGGAAAGCAAACUGCAUUAUGGGGAACAUAAAACUCGCAAAUUAGGCAGUUUUUAUCAUGGACAACACAGUGCCAAAUAGGCCAUUUUACAGUUAGGUGCUCAGCGCCCUGGCCUUUGAAUAGAAGCGGGGGUGGCAGUGGCCUUGUUUUGUUACAAACCUUUCCGGUUUUAAUGUGCAAAUCGUGGUACUCUCAUGCCAACAAGCCCGUGAACAUGGUCAUUCAUAUGAAAAACAAGAAGGUUUGUAACAAAACAAGGUCACCGCCAGCCUCACAAAAUUAAAUCUAUUCAAAGGCCAGGGUUGGGUUGCAAAAAACAUCUUAAGAUUAAGAGAACUUGUAACUAUUAUUUCAAAACAAUAGGUUAUUGUUCCAGAACAAAAGUUAAGAGCCCUCUUAUCUUAAGAAGGUUUUAUGCAACCUGGCCCAGGGCACCAAGCACACAACUGUAAAAAAUUAAUGGCCCAUUGAGAUUGGGAAAUCACAAGGAAAGGACUAAAAAAACUUCAUUUUCAGGUGAUCAAUCUACCAUUUCACUCUUGGUUUGGUACAGAAGGAAGAUUUUUAGAUCAUGUGUCAGUGUCAUCACAUUGACUUUGCUAUAGACCCUUUGCAGCUACAGUGAAAGGCUUUUAUCCCUUAAAAUGGUUAUUAUUUUCCUUUGAUUGUCUUGUCCUAAUGCGUCUCUUGUGUAAAUGUCAAUUAGAAAAUCAGACAUCUCUCCUUUCUUUUUGCUGAUAGCAAAAACAAAACGACUUGUCUGUCCUCUUUGUCAGUCCGUGGUCAUGGCCAGUUGUUCAAAGACUAGUUAUGACUUACACAAGGUUCAAGUCAACUCUGAGCUCUGUUUCUUUUGUUCAAAAGCAUUUCCCCUGGUGAUUUUAGCAGUCCUUUUAAAACACCCAAGCAUCAAAUUUUAGGCUAAAGGAAUUUACACUGUACAAGAACUUACAUGUAUACUACUUUGUGAACAUUCAGAUCUGAAUCAUAUAACAUGCUAAUCCUGGGUUACUGUAUCUUAACCCUCCUUCAAUUUACAAUUAAUAUCUGGAAAUUAAAGUUCUACUGACUUUUCUUUGUCAUCUUGGCCUUCAGUCAGGAGAAAUAUUUGUACCACUUUGCUGCUGUUUAUCAGCCAAUUCUGCCUUGUAAUAUCUUUUCUAUUUUGAAAACAUGUGAACAAACUCACCAUGGAACAGAACCUUAAAUAGGAAAUUAAUAUUUUGAAGAAGUGGAAAAUAAUUUUUUCUUUUUGUUAACGGGAUUUUCCUUCCUUUUUUCAGGUUGGUAGGACUGAAAAGUUGGAUAAUACUUUAAAUCCUCAAUUUUCUAAAGCUGUUCUAGUGGAUUACUUUUUUGAAGAGCUUCAGAAGCUGAAGUUUUUUAUCUAUGACAUUGAUAGCCCCACUGGAAACUUGAAAUCUGCAGAUUUCUUAGGGGAGUUAGAAUGCACAUUGGGUCAGGUAAGUGGCCAAAAAAGCUACAAUGUUCACUUACAAAGUGAUGUGUAACUUAUUAUGUUCAUUCCCGUUGGCACCACCAGCUGGCUAGCACAGUUUGCAGCCAAGCGCCACUGUGCUUGAGCAGGAAGUUCUGAGCUAGACCACAUGAUUAAAACCUUGCCGCCACUCAGAUGAUUGCAUUAUUUGGCAGAGUGGUGUAGCUGAAAAAUUAAAAGACUUGCCAAGUCUCAUGAGUUUGUAGUGAGUCUAACAAUUUCAUGACCUUUCUCACACUCUCAGGGGUCCACAACUGAUGUUCCACACUUUCCCAAAAAGUCACACUUCAAGAAUCUUUAAAUUUGGAGCAUCUGUAGGUUUUGUUUUUGAGUUAUAUGUAAAUAGUACUUUUAAUUCAAAGGCCAGUCACAUUUAGUUAUUACUUUCUUCAACCCACCAUUGCUUGCCACUGCCACCAAAAUGUGUAGUCUUGCUGUUAUUUAAAAAAUAAUCUUAAUCUCACAUUUCCAGAUGGCUGCAUGCCAACAAAAGUUGUGUGCAUGUGUGCAUGACUUAGAAUACCCAUGAUUCCCUCGGGAAGCCCUUCCACUUGGGAGUUUGGGAAAUCUCAUUUCCCUGAGUUCCCACUAAUUCAGUACUUUUCCAGCUACAUCUGUAUAGGCAUAGAAUCUCAGGAUUUUUUGGGGCUGGCAAGUCUAUAAUAGGCCAUAUUUUGCAUGCAGCUCAUUCAAUAAGGUUGCUUUAGGCAUUAGGAGGCUAUAUUUUUCGGUGGUCACUAGCUCCUGCAAAUCAUUGCAUUAUUUGGUUUGGCCAAAUGCCUAAUAUCCAGUUGCCAAUUCCCAAUCCCCAAAGCAAUCAGCUAUAAGCUAGAAUUCCUAUACACUGGCAGAAUAAAUUAAUGCAUUUAUUAGAGAUCACACUGAUUAUUUCUUCUGCUUAAACCAUUAUUUUAUUUUUCUUCAGCUUGUGUCAUCUGGAACUUAUACAAAACCACUGUUAUUUAAGGGAACAUCUGGGCAAGCUGGAACCAUAACAGUAGGUUUUUAAAAUAAGUGGAUGUUUAUAAUAUCAAUUGCCUUUAAAGACUAUUUGACUGGAUAAUGUUGAUUGUUCAUCCUGUACUAGUGUUGGUGAAAUAAAUUUUUGAAUUUAUAGGAGGUUAAUGAAAAAGAUGAAAAUGGCCCCUCUGUUAUGAUUGUAGUAGGGAGUUUUAGCAUCGAUGAUAGCGACGGCAGCGAAAAAGUCGCUUUUAAAAUGAAUUAGCAUUUUUUCAAACUUUGUCGUGUUUAUUUCAUUUCAAUUCGCUGAAAAUGUUUAAUGUUCAUGAAGGCAAAUUUCCCUGGUGUUGAUUUCUUAGGGACUGCACUCAAGUUUAGAAAUCUUGAGAUAGACAGUUUUGUUGUUGCUUGUUUAUGUCUUCGCUGAAAUGUUAAAUUAGGUUUUUUUUACAGCUGUACGUACUCAUAGUUGUGAAGUAAUGGCAAAGAAAUGCACAAAAAAAGUGUGAUGCACCUGCAGACUUGUUGUUUUGCUUUAUAAACCUUUUGUUGUUUUGACAUUCUCUUUGUUGCUAAAACUCCCUAGUACAAAACUACUGCUUGUUUUAUUAUUGAUCACAUUACGAUAUUAUUGCUAUGUUUGUUAAAUUAUAUCAUUAUCAAUGUUAUAAUAUUAUUAUUAUUUGUGCAGUGUAUUCUGAACAAAGUCAUUUAUUUUAAUAUUUUAAAUCAAAAAGUUUAUUUAACUCGAUCAUCAACAAAAGAUGUUUUCAGAGUUGAUUGGUGCCUUAAGUGUCUCAAAAUCCAUUGGAAUAGCUUAUAGUUGGAAGGAAAUUUACGUCAGUAAUUUGCAGCAAGUUUUUAGUGAAACUUGCCUUGAGGAUGCAGAUCUUUCCAAACCUCAGCCAUGCAAGUACUUUGUUGUAUAUGGACUGAGGAAAUCCAAGCCAAGACUAAACAGUGAACUACGCAAACAGCAAUAAACUGUGACACAAUAAUUUGGCAGACGUAAUAGUUUUUUGGCAAAUGCAAAAAUUUAUGUGUUACUGUACAUGUACAGUUUUUGCUUUGCUUUGAGGGUAAUUUCCAAGGGCUUUUAUUUGAAGGGCAAUUAUCUGAGGGGAUUUUUUGUUAUAAUUUUGGGGUCUUAUAUUUGGAGAUCAAAGGGCUUAUUUUCAGAAUUUUACUGUAGCUUACCUAAAUUACAUUUAGCCACAGUUGUUUAAUUUUAAUUCAAGUGGUAAUAUUAAUGCAUCCCUGGUUUACUUGUAAAAUAAUCAAUUAAAUUUUGUAUGUCAUACACCUGUAGGUGGUUGCAGAAGAGGUUACUGGUGGAAAUGAUGAAGUGCUUUUCCAAUUCAGGGCUGAAAAACUAGACAAGAAGGUUUGUGAUUUAUUACCAGUUUCUGUGAUAAAAAUAAUGAUAAUGUAGCACAAGAUCCAUUCUGAGGUGAGUGUUUCAUAUUCAAAGGGAUCUCACAAUGAUCAGUCAUGUGCAUGUCUAAGUGGCAUGUAGUUCUCUUGAACUGACUCGUACUUUGUAAAGUCUCACCAAUUUAUGGGUUACCAUAAGAUAACUGCUUUGUAUAUCAUGUACAUUGUACAUGGUAAAACUAACGUGGCAACAUAUCGCUGACAGGUCUUAAUCAACACAGCACGUUGAAUACUACUUCCUGUGUGCCAGUCAGUACUACAUGUACAUGUACAUGUACUGUAUUUACAAUUUUUCUUAGAACAAGCAGUGAUAACGAGCACAAGCUGUGACCAAAAAAGUACAAAAAGCCUUUGUAUGUACUUUGUACUGUAUGUUUAAUUAAUUUUUUAAAUGUGAGGAAAUUAACUUAAAGACAGUUAUGAUGCUACUAUUUUUUUGCUUGUUUUCUUUUUUAGCAGAAUUUAGUAUAGGCCCAGGAUACCUAGUUGUGGAUAUGAGAUCAAAUGUUCUUCUAUGUGCAUUUCUGUUAAAAAUAUAAGAUAAUACUUUUUAAUCCAUGUAGGAUUUUCUUGGAAAGAGUGACCCCUAUUUGGAACUUGCAAGGUCAAAAGAAGAUGGAACAUUUGUUGUUGUCCAUAGAACAGAGGUCUGUUUAAUGUGAUUAGUUACUGAAAAUCAUAACAAAAAGAGAUAUCCUAAGACAUUAACUGCUUAUUAAAUUUUUGAAACUAUAAUGAAUAUAUCUCUACUAACCAAACAUAAUUAUUAUACAAUGUAUAAUUAUUAUGUAGUUUAAGGUUACAAUGUAACUUCUUAACUUCUAGUGGUGUCUUCAGGCUCAAGCAACACAUGUACAUGUAUUUUGAGUUUCCAACAUGACUUUGUAACAAAAUAUUUUAGGUCUUUUUUCAUGUGUUCAUUGUAACAUUAAUCCAAUUUGCAGGUUGUUAAGAACAAUUUGAAUCCAAGGUGGAAAGCAUUUCAAAUCCCAGUACAGCAGAUUUGUAAUGGAGAUUAUGACAGGACCAUUAGAGUAAGCAUUAUUUUAAUACGUUAGUCCUUUAUGAUGUGCAUCAGUGGUUUCAAAACAAGCUACUUGACUGUAGUUCGCCGGUUACUCUAGACCCCCCUAAGCUUCAGGGCCUUUUGGCCCCUCAAUUGUCACAGGCACCUACUUUUCCAGAGUCGGCUGCCUACUUCAAAACAUUUUGAAACCCCUGGUAAAUCCUUUUAUUUUAACACUUGCAUAAUAUUUAAAACACCUCACUAUGAUGUACAACCAUUAUUGAUCAUAUUGUACCAUGUUAAUAUUUUCAUAAAGAGCACUAUAAGAAAUUGUAACGGUAUGAUAAAACGAUAGUUACUGUAAGAGUAAUUUAAAUUGUCCUUUUCUUAAGUCUUACUACUUACAUUACUACAUGUAAGUCAAAGAAAUAAUAUAAAACUUGACUGAGGUCCAAUAAUGAUAAAAUAAUUUUCAGAUUUCAUGUUUUGACUGGGAUUCAGAUGGAUCACAUGACUUUAUUGGAUCAUUCACCACAAAUCUCAGAGAGAUGUGCUCUGUUCAACCCCCCAAGGAGGUAAAUACAGUCAACAUUGAUUAAACUUAUAGUGAUGACAAGGGUAGAUGAAUUCAUGCAAAAAUAUGCUACACUUUCUUUUAGGGGAGAGGUCACCUGGCAAUUGUACAUUUAGGGCCUGUUUACAUGGAGGUUGGGGACCCCAAAUAGGUGAGGUAACAUGUGGCUAACCUAUCAUGUAAACAUUAUCAAAUUAAAAUUAGAGAUCUAUGUAUAGGUGGGUUGCCCCACCUACCUGGGGCCCCCAAUGCCAUGUAAACAGGCCCUUACAGGUAUUUUGUGGGUAAGUGUGGUCUGGGAAGUUGGCUAAUAACCCACUGCGAUGGUUUAGAAUUUGGUGUGGCACCCUGCUUGGUGCCAGUGACUUUUCAUUUAAGUUUUCCAGUUUUGGUGUUUUCUCAUCCUUUUAAGCCCGUAGCUUAGGCCUUCUGCCUAUGGUUGACCCUGAAACAUACCACUGGGUGUGAGAAAAAAAAUAUGGUACGCAGGGUACUAUAGGGUGCAGGGAGGAAAUUGUUUUCUUUGUUGAGGUGAUUCGCUGGUUUUCCGCUGCACAUCUCUUACUGCGCAUAACAAGUUGGCUGCCAUGACAAAAGCAUCUGAGGUUACAUUGCUAAAAUGAAGCUGAGUGAAGAGAAACACUAUUGGAAAUUUCGCUUGCAGUUGUUUCUUGCUGAGAUAAAACUCAAUGUGUUGGGAAUGUGCAUAACGUAUUCUAAGAAGCGUAUAACAUAUUCUAAGAGUUUGACUUCCUCUCAGAGAACCUCGAUGGUGGAUGUCUGCUUACUCAGUUUGAUUUUUAUCUAAGCGCUGUCUUUAUCACAUUGCGUCUUACAUUGUAACUGUGAUAUCUUGACAUAAAUUCUUUAAAAACAGAUGUUUUAAAGCUUUCUUCCUUCUUCCACAUACAUGUCAUUUUGAAACUCACUCCCAUUCCUGUCUAAAAAGUCGAAGGAAAUGCAUUUCAUGUGCACUUUCUGCAGCUCUACUGCAAAAACGAGUACAGUGAACCCCAUUUUUUAUUUCAUGAGUUUAAUAAGAACAGUGCUUCCUUUCAAUGCAAAAAAAUUGACAUAAAUCUACAUUCAGUUUUUUGGCGAUUUCACUGAAUUGUAUGGAUUGAGUUAUAACAAGUCGAGUAGCAUAAUUUUAUGUCCAAAUGAAGUUUAUUUUGGAGCGUAAAGUAAAAAUUAAACAAGGGCAUUAAAAGACAUUUUUUCUGGUACAUAAGUGGAUAAACAAUACAUUUAAGUUCAAUUUUGUGCGAUACCACAUCGACAUGUAUCAUCGAAAAAAUCUCCUUUUUGUAUAGUUUUUUGCUGCGCGCAGUUCUUGCCAAAGACUCCUAAAUAGCCUUAUUUGCCAGUAUUGUGAUGUCAAAACGAGCACAGUGACCCCCACUUUUUAUGAAAUUUUUCUCAUCUUCUUGACUUGUUACAUCAUUUCUCCAAGUUUCAUCUACAAUCUAUGUUAGGUAUUUUUACUAAGGAAUCACUUUGAUUCAUGUCACACUCUUUUUUGCUGUUAAUUUCCAGGUUCAAUGGCCAUGUAUGAAUGAAAAGAAACAGAAGAAGAAGCGUGGAUACAAGAAUUCUGGAGUAAUUUUUCUAUCAAAAUGUGAGGUACAUUGAUUACUUUCAAACUCUGAGCCCUCACAGGCUUUUUUGGCAGGUGAAACAAGAGCUUAAAAAAGCGUCUGCUCCCCACAGGCUACAUGUUUGUUGGUUCAGUGAAUAACAUAAAUAAAAAAAAGCUCAAAUCAAAUUGAAUUAGAGUUACAAUAAGAUCCAACAUUAGGGCUUCCUUUUUCAGAGGUGAGCCAAAAAUAAUUAUAAUUUUUGUACGUGUAACAUGUAAAAGAGCUGUGUUUGUAGUAGCCACAAAUCACCUUUUUACCUUUAUUUUUUAUCCCUAAACCCAAAUUGAUUUGAUUAAGCAAUUACUGGUUUGAUUUUUUUCUUUACAUGUUCCUAUGUUAUUGCAUAGCCUCAUAAUUUUAGAGUUCCUUCUUAUUUUUACAGGUAGUGAAAGUAUCCUCAUUUUUGGACUUUAUUCAAGGUGGCUGUCAACUUAACUUUACAGUGAGUUUUGAAACAAAUAUUCUUACUUUUUAAUUCUAAGACCUUUCUGAACUUACACUUAACUGGACCAUUUCUCAUUAAGUUGUAGGUUUAUAAUUUAUUAAUGAAUCAAUCAAUCAACUUUAUUUAAACACGGUAAAUGGCUCAGCAAACUGGUUUUCAGACAUGCCGUGUGAUAAUUACAAGGUAUAAAAAUAAAGACUAGUGAUUAACUAACAAUAAUUAACACAUGAAUUUACAAUUUUUAUCUGUUCCUAUCGACUCUAAUAUACAACAUGAUUGGUUUAAAAAACUCUCUCACGCUCAUUACAACUCUGACUCUGAUUCUGUCACUAGUAUCCAACCAUUAGAAGUGCCAAUAUCUUCCUCAAGAGAGGCUUGCUGUAAGUGGGGGUUGGAGUUGUUGUGGUGGGUGGGUGGGUGGUGGUUGAGGAAUGAGGAUUUAAAGAGAGGCUUGUUGUUAGUCUAUGCAAAUUUAGUGCAAGUAAACUAUAUCAUAAUGAGGCAUUUUUUCAUCCAUGCAAGUGAAACUCGUUUUCACAGGAACGGCUGUGCACUUGGCCUUAAUUUGAAAGUGGGGUUUUUGGAAGUCAGAUGUGGCCUAUUAUCCUCAUUGCAGAGGACAUCAACUGUAAAAUAACUCACUAACAACUUCACUCAGUAGUGAAGUAGUUUUGUCUCUUACAGUCAAGUAACUGCUCACUGCUGAGCACUACAACCAGUUGCAAACAUUUUGAGAGACUCCAAGGAAAAAACGACUUUUCUUGCUUCAAAUCUGUGUUAGUCACAGGUCUGUGAGAUGAAAUUUUUAUUCUGACCUUCCUCCUCCCUUCUAUUCAAAGUUGUUCCCCCAAGUUUUGAGCAUAGUCUUGUAUUGCUAAUCACUAUGUUAAGGGGUGGAGGGGGGAUCACAAGCACAAGAUCAAGGACAGGUCAUCUAAGCCAAAAUACGGUAUUGUGUCUCAAGUUAACUUUUGCAACUUGUUGUAGCCAUAGUUUUGCCCAUACAGUCGUAGAGAAGUAACAUCUCACUGUGGAGAUGUGAAAAUAUUGGACUCUCCCACCUUGAGAAGCACUAUACAGGGUUGUCAAAAGUAGCCCGCUACUCUGCUUGGCAUUUCUUUACAGAUGGCAUUUGUUAAAUAAAAUAUCCGAGGAUUGGCCACUUACUUUGACAACUCAGCCGUCUACUUCAAACCUUUCUGACAACGCUGACUUUAAAUUAUAAGGGUGCUAUCACUGUACAGGCUGUAGUUCUAUUGGCCCUCUAUGUUAAUUUUUCUACAUGGCUGACAGGUUGGAAUAGACUUCACAGCCUCUAAUGGUGACCCUACUAAGAGCACUUCACUUCACUUCAUGAAUCCUUAUGCACCAAAUGAAUACAUGCAGGCGCUGAUGGCUGUGGGGGAAAUUAUUCAGGAUUAUGACAGGUAAUAGACUACUAUAUUGAUGACGUCAUAGAAAUUAAGUUUCUGAAAUUAUGGGAUUUGUCAGGAUAUUCUGAAAGAACAACUUCCAAGAGGCCUACUUGCCAAAAAUGAGCAUUUUGGGGCAAAUUGUCUCUGAGAUAUUAGCUGAUUAUACUCAGAAAACUCCAUACAAACCCUUCUAAUUUUCUUUUGGGUCGACCCUGAAAAAUUUAGAAGGGUAUGUAUGGAAUUUUCUAAGCAUAACUGGGCUACAAUCGCAGAGACAAUUUGCCCCGAAAUGCUCAUUUUUGAACAGGCCUUCGGUCUCCUCCCGAUUUUUUCACCCUUUCCCCACUAACAGAGAGCCUAUUCACUGCCUCACACUCCCUAUAAAGGCCUAUAUGGUGAGGCUUCAUCAGAAAGGUUUACUUUUUUCGGACUUCAGAUAUAUUAUACGGUGGCUUUUGAAUCCGGACGUGUUUUGGAUUUUUCGAAGUGAUUUUGGAUUCUGGGACGUUUUUUUGGAUUCUGUGGAUGUGUUUUUGGAUUGUGGAAAGUGUUUUUGGAAUCUGGGACGUGUUUUGGAUUCUGGGAAGUGUUUUUGGAUUCUGGAAAGUAUUUUGUCCUUACGAGUCACCGUAGAUUUAUAUGUAUGGCAGGGUAGGAAAAUCUAUCAUUUAAGCCCUUUAAUUGAAACGUUUUGAAAGAUACUUCUUAUGGCUCUAUCAUUUUUAUAGGCCAUUUCCGCCUGGACCUCUGUAUCAAAACGAGGUUAAGGGCUCAGCCUUUGAUAUAGAAAUGAUUUUUCAUUACCAUGCAAAUAAAUUAUUACCCUGCGAGCAGAGGCCCUUCGAUCUUCCUAGAUAAGUCGGCUUAUCUAGGAAGAUCGAAGGGCCUCUGCUCGCAGGGUAAUAAAUUAUUUAACUUAAUUUUCACUGAAUUUUCUUUUUGGUUUCAUUUCGAAAGUGAGUGUUUUUGGAACUCGGAAUUGGCCUAUUAAUUUAUUUAAAUUAAUUUAUUGUAGUUUUACAUUACCGUGAUAAAACUAAGAUAAUAGUAAACAAGAGGACUAGUCCAUGCAUGAAUAAUAAAAAUAAAAUCAAAAAUAUUUACAAUUACUUUAAAAUGCAAUAGCGUUUAAAAAAUAUUAAAAUUAGGAAAAUUUACAAAUUCACAGAAAUUAGUCUAUGAUUAUACCAUCGCAGCCAUGGCGUAUAUUAAGGAGUUCCUUGCGUGACUGGUUAUCAAUUUGGGCGUUUGUCAAUAAGGCGUAAUUAGAUGUCAUGCGUUUUACGUAUAUGUUGUAGUUAAUUUUUUUAUCUCAGGAAAUUUUUUGUUUUUCUUUUAUUUUUGGGUACGUUAAUGUAUGCUAAUGAGGUUGAAACAAAAGAAAAAUAAAAAUUACCUGAGAUAAAAAAUUAACUACAACAUAUAUCUUCUUGAUUUUAUUUUGCAGUGACAAACUGUUCCCCUCAUUUGGGUUUGGAGCCAGAAUUCCACCGUCAUAUCAGGUAAAUGAGAAAAAGGACUUCCGCUUUAUACAGCUUAAAUCCUUGGACCCUACCCAGUUGUUCAAAAGCAGAUUAAACGUAUUGUCUUGUAAAAUUGCCAAAACCUGCGGUUAACUCCUAUUGCUGCUUAGAGGAGGCUAUUUUGAAUUGGUACACAUAACAGCUAAGAGUAUUAUCAAUGGAAAGCUUAGUCACGAGGUAGUCGUGGGUAAAAAAAAAGGUCAUGGCGAAUUUGAACCUCGAGUUACGUUUUAAACAAAUCUACUGCAGAAGUUAGUUUAACCUUUGUUUAACCUUGCUUUUGAAAAUUCGAGUCCAGAGCUACGUUGUUACCGAGCUCCUGUUUCAAACUCGACUCAAAAUCAUUAUGUAAGCUUUCUGAUGUUUUAUCAGGCUUCGUACUGUCCAUGGAAAACCUGGAAAGUCGUAAAAUUUCAUUUUCAAGGCCUAGAAAGUCAUGGAAUUCAAUUUUUGGUCCUUGAAAGUCAUGGAAAAUGAAAGUUUUGUUUGGUAGAUUAGUUACUGCAGAUGACAAAGCAAGGACAAUGUAAGAUAAAGAGGAGUAAUUAAACAGCGCGAACAUUUUGGUGGAUACCACACUUUGUUUCUGUUGAACUGUUUAAGGUAAAAAUAUGCUAAAGCAAGUUAAGUUCUGAAACCUUUCCAAAAUGACGGCUAAACAUAAGGUCAUGGAAAACUAGAAAAGGCCAUGGAAAAAGUCAUGGAAUUGAAGAACUCAAAAGAUUACACACCCUGUUUAUCUCAUAUCUCCUUUGAUUUCUUUUUACAAUUACUGUACCCUUAGUCUUAUGCAUAACAGGCAUAAUUUUCAGCAUUUUUGGGAGACCAAAGGUAAGCGUGAGGUGGACGCAAAGUGGAAGCUUAGCGCAAGAGGAUAAGAUGCCAAAUAAUUAAAGGUGAUGUUACAAGGGACGAUUUGCAAGAACAAUUUUUAACGCAAAACAUCAUUUCAACAUUGUUGCGACAUUGUUUCGAAUGGUUGCAACAUUGUUCCAACAUUGCUACGCUGUGUUGAGCAAAAAAAACCGUCGUUGCGAAUCGUCCCGUGUAAGAUCGCCUAAGGAAGAGAUAAUAUAAUUGUAGCCUGAGGGGGUAGCCGAAAAAGGCGUUAUGCUCGUGUCUUGCGCUCCAUGCUCACCUCUUCCUUGCCUUAAAAAGGCAAAAUAAGACACCAAUGUUGCAGGUUACUGUAUCUCUAUCUAUAUCAUAGAGGAAACAUUUUUUGCAGUUUUGUUUUAAAGAGAAAAAAAAAUCAAAUUACUUUAAUUUUUCAGGUUUCCCAUCAGUUUCCAUUGAACUUUAAUCCUGGCAAUCCGUACUGUGCAGGUAUUCUUAAACUAUCCUUGUUAUGCAUGACCUAAAGCACAGAGUAUAAAGCGGUCUCAAGGGAUAUUACGACACAUAAUUUUCAUUAGACGUUAUGCGUGAGCGGCACGCAAAAGGAGACACUAGUGCAACGGGUGCACGAGUGCAAGGUUCCCUCGCGGUACGCUUCACUCUCUGUUUUAUCAGUGUACCCGGCUAAAAGGGAUUCCGUUACCGUAACAGCCGUAAAUGAUCUAAUAGAGCGUUUUCACUUACGUGGCCAGCAACUAUGCAGAUUAAUUGCGACGAAAGAAGGUCUUUACAUGAGUAAAGAGUUCCACUACCGCAGGGUUGAUUUUGGACUGCAACAUGGCCGCCGUUUCAUUGUUUUAGGACACCAAAGGCUCUAUAGGUACCCUCUUGCAAGUAAACGCCUAUUGUCUGAUAAAAAAAAUCUAACCUGCGAAUACAGCCGUUUCUUCUUGUUUCUCGCCGCCGGGGACGUUGGCCGGGAGGAACGUCUGGGCCUCAGAAAUUCCAUACUGAUGACGUAAAUCAAUGUUUACAUAACAAAUCCGGUAGUCCGGUAGUCAUGGGGAUCCAAAUGUAAAUUUGUUGAUAAUCAUGUUUCUCCUGGUCGAUCAUGGUAAAGUUUUGCGUUCUACUGCGAACGAGCUCCAGCAAAACUCAGAUGCUUUUUCUAAGACUGUUUUGUAGAACGUAGAUUCUUCACGUUUACGACGACCCAGUUUGCCUUUGACCUUUGUGGCCGUCUGUCUGUUGUCUGUCAUUCGUAAACAAUAGGUACAACAAUGUAAUUAUUAUGUCGACCAAUGAGAGAUCCUGACAAAAAUUCUGGACAGAUUUUACGUCAUCAGUAUGCAUGAGUAUGGAAUUUAUGUUGCUGGAGCGCAGACGUUGCUCCUGGCGAAACGUCUCUAGCGCCGAGGAGCAAGGAGAAACGGCUGUAUUCGCAGGCUAAUGAGAAUCCGUCCCUUACGCUUAGAAUGGAUGCCUCAGUCUAAUAGACGCUCGCAUUUCUUUGGUUCCUGAAUACUGCGAAAUAGACCAAAAUAAUUCAAUUUAUUCAGUUUCUUGCUUGAGUAACAAGGGUUUGCGCAUUUCAUCUUGUGCAAUUCAAGUACAAAGUAAAGGAUAUUGACAUUCGAUUUGAGCUUUUAAAAAAGAACAAUAUCGACUAUAAACGUCCCCGCUUGGGCUCCUAAAAUUAAAAGGACGCCCCAGGCGUCUUUUAGAUCAUUUCCUGUAAAUGUGUGACUUUUCCUACUAGGUCUCCCUGGUUUAGUUCAGGCUUAUCAGACCUGCAUACAAAGUGUACAGCUUUAUGGCCCAACUAACAUCUCGCCUAUCAUCAACCAUGUUGCACACUUUGCACAACAAGCUGCUCAAGUCCCCACUGCCACUGUAAGUAACAUGCAUGGUUUUUUGUCAGGACUUUGGUCCGGCAUAUCAGAGUGAUUGAUAUGAUUCAUGUGAAUUAUUUGAUAUAAAACUAUGACAGGGUGAGCUUUGUCGGCACAGUGCUGGCCAACAGAGAGUGAACAACACCCAGUCUUAAAUAUCUUAGAAAUGAAAGUACUGUCAUUUGCCUUUCAAACGGUUAGACCUUCGUGUGACCGGGAGAACGAAGAAGAAAUGACAGUCGAGUCUCUAGUUCGAGACUUUACUAAAACUAUUGUCCUCAUUAAGUACUUUUUUUGCUUAAUACAUUAGCUAAGUACAUUUUUUUAAAAAAGAAUCGUACAUGAAUGGAACGUCACCAAAGAUAAACUUUCUCGAUAAUGCAGAUAAUGUUAUUAGUUCCAUGUGAAGAGAAAAGUGAGGAGAAUAUAUUGUCACAUGUUUAAGGGUCAAAGGUUAAUGCCUCAAACUAGCCUCCAUACCUGGGCUUGUCAACAGAGGUCAAUGUGGUCACACAGUGUUCUGUACUAGCGAGAUAUUUAUAUCAGAGACUAAUGGUUAAUUUUCUUAGACUUGUUUUAUUUCCUGGGCAGAUGACUCUGUGUAAACUGCUGAAACGUGGAUUCAAUGACGGGAGGAUCUGCUAAUACCGUUGCUAACAAUUUAUUGUAGAAAAUCAACGACAUUAACACGAAGUCUUUAAGCACAUGGUUAAAAACACAAAAGAAAACAAAAGGGACGUCCGAGCCCCUGAGACGUAACUUAGUGCCUAGUGCCAACACGUCCGUAAAUUUAACAGUAAAUUCACCAAUUUCGCAUAGGCCAUAAUGCACCUUGCUUACCCCCCUCCCCCCUCCCCCAAAUUUUGCAUAAUUGUUGUCUUCGAUUUCACUUGGGACGACUGUAAUACCCAAGAGAAACUGAAAACAAUGGCAAUGCAAAAUGUAGGGUCGAAAACAAGGUGCAUCAUGGUCUAUGUGAAAAUAGUAAAUAGAUUUUAUGUUCCGAGUAAGUAUUUGUCCACUUUAGAUGUAACAGUUUAUUAUUAUUAUUAUUAUUAUUAUUAUUAUUAUUAUUAUUAUUAUUAUUAUUAUUAUUAUUAUUAUUAUUUCAUUUUAUUUUUUUUGAUAGAACUACUUCAUACUUCUAAUACUGACUGAUGGUGUAAUCACAGACAUGGAUCAAACCAAGCAGGCUGUUGUAGCAGCAUCAGGGCUUCCCAUGUCAAUCAUUAUUGUUGGAGUUGGAGGUGCUGAUUUUGCCAUGAUGGAGGAACUUGACAGCGAUGACGCAUUGUAAGGAAACUUCAGCAAAACUGUAACUUAUAAUAUCAACAAUAGUAAUAAUAUUGCGCUUUCUGACGUUGUAUCUUCGUAUUACAAAAUUGAUGCAGAAUAGGAGGAAGACUGUGAACAAAUUCGUUAUAUGAGGUUCGAAGGGAUAGCUCUAGGGUGACAGUAAAGAGAGAUGGUUAAAUAUGCGCCCUUCCUGACAUCUUCCUUUGGCACGCCGCUUCCUACCGUUCAAGAUGUCAAAGUUUUAGCCACCAACACAAGUCUUCCUCAGCUGCAGUGCACAAGCAAUGGGUAACCCCUCCCCCCAAACAGGAUCCAAACCCGUUAGAUAAAUACACCUUAUUGGAUGGUUUAGUAUAUAAUACGUGGGAUAUUUUGCGAGUUGCGUUGUAUUUUUCCGAGCCCCGCAGGGGCGGGGAAAAAUACGAGCAAUGAGCAAAAUGUCCGCUCGUAUUUUAUACUAAACCAUCGAAUAAGAGGUUUAUUAUUCCACUACAAAAAAAAUUGUUAUCAGAAACAUCCUGAUUCCGUCUGUGAGAAUGACGUUAACAAUGAGCAAAAUGUUCGCGCGUAUAAUAUGCGAAACCAUUGAAUGAGAGGUUAAUUAUUCUACUGCAAAAAAUGUUCUUUUGGCUUCUAAUUUCUAUUUUAUUUUCGCCCGCCGGUUUGCCCAGUUCAGGCAUAGUUGCUCCUUUUGCAUACGCCGGUAUUUGCCCUGUUGUAAACCGGUUAAACCAGGACACUACAGUGUAUUACGGCCAAGUAUUUUGUGCGUUCUCUUGACCUUAUAUGGUAAAAUGACAUAAUAGUGGAAUAAUAAAUGUGGAAUAUUAUUUCUCCUAUGUGGUGGACCUUUUUGUCCUUAGCAGGGUUACCUCAGGCUUUUGUGUAGUUUCUGUAAAAUAAAGCGGCAAUGAGUAAGUUUACUUUCUCCUGGUAGCCUCGAAGUCGUGAAGGGUGGUUCUAGAAUUCGCUUACAUUGUGGUGUGCAAGUCACAGGUGUCAGAGGGAGGGGGGGGAGUGUGGGAGGGGCAGUUCCCUUCUCUCUCCCUGUUGUCCAUUUUCAGGUUCUGCGUGUGACGUAUGGUCACGUGACUACCAAAAUUUCUUGUGGAGCUCCGCUAAAAGAACGGACAGCGUUCCCCAACCAGUCCAACAGUCAGAUCCAGUCUUCAGCGCGACCCCAAAAUGGUCAAUAGCCACCCUACUGAUCGCGCUUUGUACUGUCUGCUAUAUCCAAAAUCAAAGAUGGUUUCUGCAGAACUGUAGAUCGCUAGCAUGCGCAAAACAUACCUCUGGCACUCAAAAAACUUCAAGGGUCUUUCGAGAUCAACAUAUCAGUCUUUGAAAGGGUUUGAUUACAGUGGAUGAUAACAGUCUAAUUACGGUGGAUGAAAAUGGUUGCUUCACGGUUUGGGCAAAUGGUAAGCAAAAAUCAGGACGGGUAGAUUUCAGUCCGGAAUCGCGUUUACCGUUUGCACAGAUCAUUUCCAUUUACCAAAAAACGGCCGCGAAGGCACGAAUUUCCGUUUGGUAAUUCUGUGCGGAAAAAAGGGCUACCUUUUCAGAUAUUCCGUUGCUCUCGAAAAUUUUCCCUUGGAACGACCCGAAAAGUCAUGUUCCAUUUACUUUUGUAAGAGGUAAACAACCAACUCUUCUCUUUACGAUCGUCAGGUUGAUGGCUGGUGGAAGAUCCGCACAGAGGGACAUUGUUCAAUUUGUACCGUUCAGGAAUUUCAAAAAUGUAAGAAAUAUCAUCCCUGCUAUGAAAGUGUAAUAUAAUUGCCAUGCAAAAAUUGAGAAUUAGUUCAUGCCUAGCGAGCGUAUAUCGAGUUAUAGGUGCACGCCGAUUUUUGAGUGAUUAAUCAAUUUUUUACAACACAAUAAAAAAUUGCAAAUUUCUCUUAACGCGCGCCACAGAAAACAAUUUUUUGUUGUUGUUGUUUACCAACACGCCUUCAUCAAUUUGGUUGAAAGAAAACAUUUUGUCUCAAACUGACAGUUAAAAUUUGCUUAUUUAUUCUUUAACAGUCGAUCGAAACAAAGGCAAAGAGUUUCCAAGCCCACAUAAAGUUGAAAUACUCAGAUUUUGGUAAGAGGGCUUGGAUAUGGUUGAGAUUCGUACUGAAGAUUUUCACAUUUUAAUUUGCGACAUCCAGGAAACUUGUUCGUCAGCGAAAGCAACUCUCUGUUUUCAUAACAAAUAUAUCUGUAAGUGAACUAUAGUCACGAGUCUUUUUGAAAGGAACUCGCUACAGUUGUUUUUAUGAGUAAUAUAUGUCUUGUUUUUGCUUUUGUGACUUUAGAGGUGGCAUCACUUGCAACCUUGUAGGCAAUAUUGCACUCAACCUUAAAAAACAUGUAGCAGUAGUUGCAACCUUGAUAGCAAUACUUGCACAUACAAUCACACAUAGUUACUCUUGCAACUUUGCACGCGAUAUGACGCGUAAAAUUAUAGGUGGCACCACUUACAACCUCGCAAGCAAUAUUGUGCAUUACAUAACUGUUAGUAUCCCUUACAAGUUUGCACGCAAUCUUGUGCAUAACAUUACAGGGUGAGGUCGCACAACGCCAUCUUGCGCAUACCAUUACAAGUAACAUCACUUGCAACCUUGCACCCGAUAUUGCAAGUAGUAUCACAAGUAACAUUACUUGCAACCUUGCUCGUAAAAUUGUGUAUAACUUUACAAGUAGAAAUACUUGCAACCUUGCAGGCAAUAUCCCACGUAAUAUAUUACCAACUAACGUUACAGGUAACAUGACUUGUAACCUUGCACGCAAUCUAUCAGUUGCAACCUCGCAAGCAAUAUUACGCGUUACAUUUUUGUUAAAUAUUGCUCAUUACCUUACCGGUAGCAUCACUUGCAACUGAUUACUUUGCACGUAACCUUGUGCAUAAUAUUACAGAGUAAGCAAGCACUACUUGCAACCUCGCAUGCCUCCUUGUGCGUCACAUUAUACUUAUUAUGACAUGCAACCUUAAUAUAAUAUUGCUAGUAGUAUUACAAGUGACAUAACCUGCAACAUUGCUCGCAAUAUUGCCCAUAACUUUACCGGUAGUAAUAUUUGCAACCUUGCACGUAAUAUUCUACGUAAGCAGGUAUCAUCACUUGCAACCUUGCCCGAAAUAUUGCGCAUAGCAUUACAGGAAGCAUAAUUUUCUACCUUGCAUGCAGCAUUGCGCCAAACAUGAAGGAUUACUUGCAAUUUUGCAGGUAAAAUAACCUGUGACUUUGCACGCAGUAUUGAUGCAACGUUGCGCACAAUAUGGCUCGUAACAGUACUCUGUACAUUGCACGCAAUAAUAACCAAACAUUCUCACAAUAUUUCACGCAACAUCACACCCGCACCGCGGUUGUUUCUUAUAUUGCACGCAAUAUCUCAACAACAUAACGUUCCAACAACAUUGCCAACUACGUUCUCCCGACAUAAGAUAAAACAUAGCACGCAACAUUGUGCGUAAUGCCCAACAGCAAAUUUUAAGUUUGUUCAUUUAUUUGUUAUUUUAGUCCUCUCCUGCUGCACUUGCUAAAGAAGUAUUGGCCGAGGUACCCAAACAGCUGACAGAUUAUUUCAAAGCACGAAACAUCCAACCUCAGCAGCGACCAACUUGA